AACUCCAAUCAUUGAUGGAAACUUUAAAUUCUACAGAACCUCAUUACAUCAGAUGUGUGAAGCCUAACAAUCUUUUGAAACCUGCAAUAUUUGAGAACGUUAACAUUAUGCAGCAGCUACGUUGUGGUGGCGUUCUAGAGGCAAUUAGAAUUAGUUGUGCUGGCUAUCCUACGCAUAAGACAUUUUCUGAGUUUAUGAAUCGAUUUGGUCUUCUUGCUCCAGACAUCUUGGCGGAACCGGCUGAUGAACAGGUUGCGUGUGAAAAGAUAUUAAAAAAGACAGGCCUUGCUGGGUAUCAGGUUAUUUGAUGUUUCUCUUGCUAAUUUGGAAAGCUGAUUUUAUUUCUUAAAUCGAGAUCAAUAGUAUCAAAUUAUUUACUUUUGUGGGCACACAUUUGUGUGUGUGUGUGUGUGUGUGUGCCAUUUCAUCCAGUGCAAGCAGCAAGUUCAGCUUUUUUACGAAAAGUUUCUUUUCGUUUCUUUUUCUUUUUGGUUGCGGAAAAGAAAACCAUGCUCUUGCACUUCGAGUACAUGUAUAAAAUUGCUCAAUAUCUUAACUACUGUUUUUUUGUCUUUUAAUUGCAAUCAUGUAUUUUUUUUUUCUGAUAGGUAGUUGCAUAUAGUUGAUUGAUUGUAAAAUUUGCUAAUCUGAGACACUGAGAGC